CCUGUGUGACACAAUUACAACAACUUUGAGCUGAUGCUUGGGGAAGUUUUUGCGAUAUUAUCAAACACCACUACAGUCGUAAAACGCAACAUUACAUCAGUCUCAUGCACACACCUGGCACCGGAGUGCACGCCGUGUUUUUUUGUACAAUGAGGAGUGUGGAAGCUAACUUAAAGGGAUCAUUUCCUUGAGGAUUUGACGAGAAAACCCGCCCCGCUUCGGUCCCGGACGCGGCGCCGUCCUUUGGGUUUUUGUUUUGGCGUUCGGUAGCGAGUCGCUGGUGCUCCCCCAUGAAGUCGUGCGGAGUGUCGCUGCUGGCCGCCGCUGCUGGUGAUGAGGAGAAGAAAAUGGCGUCGGGAAAAGCGAAUGAAAUCGAGGAGGACUUUCCAAAGCUAACAGCGCCGGAGAGAGCGCGCCUGGCCCGGAUUGACAGUUCUCUGUUUGGAUUUCAGAGGCUUCAUGAAGAUGGCGCCAGAACGAAGGCCUUGCUGUUAAAGGCCAUCAGCUGUUAUGACGCACUCAUCCUGAAGGCAGACGGGAAAGUGGACCCAAACAUUUUCUGUCAGCUGGGCCACUUUAACCUCCUGUUGGAGGACUACCCAAAAGCAUUAUCUGCAUACCAGAGGUACUUCAGUUUACAGUUGGACUACUGGAAGAAUGCUGCCUUUUUGUAUGGCCUUGGCAUGGUUUACUUCCAUUACAAUGCAUUUCAGUGGGCAAUCAAAGCAUUUCAGGAGGUGCUGUACAUUGAACCCAGUUUCUCGAGAGUGACGGAGAUUCAUCUGAGACUGGGACUUAUGUUCAAAGUCAACACAGACUAUGAGUCAAGCCUAAAGCAUUUUCAGCUGGCUUUGAUUGAUUCCAAUCCCUGCACUUUGUCCAAAGCUGAAAUUCAGUUCCACAUUGCCCAUUUAUAUGAGAUCCAGAAGAAACACAGAGCAGCGAAAGAAGCAUACGAGAGUCUCCUACAGACGGAAAAUCUUCCUGCACAGGUGAAGGCAACAACACUGCAACAACUUGGCUGGAUGCAUCACACAGUGGAGCAGCUGGGAGAUAGAAGCACCAAGGACAGCUAUGCCAUCCAGUGUCUGCAGAAGUCUCUAGAAGCAGACCCAAACUCUGGCCAAUCCUGGUACUUUCUCGGCAGGUGCUACUCCAGUAUUGGGAAGGUGCAGGAUGCCUUCAUCUCUUACCGUCAGUCCAUUGAUAAGUCCGAGGCCAGCGCUGACACCUGGUGCUCCAUAGGGGUUCUCUACCAGCAGCAGAACCAGCCUAUGGAUGCUCUGCAGGCCUAUAUCUGCGCCGUUCAGCUGGACCACAGCCAUGCCGCCGCCUGGAUGGAUCUGGGCACACUUUAUGAAUCCUGCGGGCAGCCACACGAUGCUGUCAAGUGCUACAUCAACGCCACGCGCAGCAAGGCGUGCCUCAACACUGCUGCACUAACACAGCGCAUUAAACUCCUACAGGCUCAGUUGUGUAACCUACAGCCAGGUAGUCUGCAGAAUAAGACUAAAAUGCUUCCUAGUAUUGAGGAGGCAUGGAGCCUACCCAUUCCUGCUGAGCUCACGUCCAGGCAGGGGGCCUUGAACACUGCACAAGCACAGCAGGCGUGCAAAGGGGAGGCGGGUCAGUCCACCAGCAGUCACACAGACCCACUGGCCAGUCCCGUCAAGAGGAAACGCACUGCCAGUCCCACCAAGGGUCCUGCAGACCCGUGGCUAAACAGCCCUUUGCAGCAGCAGAACCCCAGCUGGUACCUUUCACCACAAAAACUUCAGGUGCUGGAUCACUUACGGGCCAACCGGGCUAACCUCAAGCCCCCCCAGGUCCAAAUGCUGGAGCAGCUGGAGAACCAGUUCUCUCAAAUGCAACAACAUCAGCAGCAGGUGAGGCAGCAGGCAGCAGCGGGUGGACAACCGCGGUCUUGCCUUCCCAACGGCCCUUCGGCUGAGACCUCUCGCCACCACGCAGGUCUCUCCCACACCUCUCCCCUCUGUCACACAGUCAUCCGACCCCCGUGCGUCACCCAGCCCACAGCCAAUGGAUCCUGUUCUGCAAGUCCAGCGGGGCUGGUGGGAAAUCUGGACACGGCUCCUCUGGGCAAUAAUCACGCCACGGGAGUGGGAGGUGGCAGCGCGAACAACGGAAACGUGCCUUACCCGCAGCGGAAUUCUCUACCUCACAACUGCACAGCCGCCAGUCACCCCAGCACCAGCAGCACUACCAGUAGUCCCAGUCAUCCAGAUGAGGCGUGGAGGAACCAACAGCGCAACACCACCACUCAGGGGCUUCAAAAAGGUCCAGGUUCACAUUUGGCAGGUCCCAAUGGAGAACCCCCUUUCUCCUCCUCGUCCCCUCAGACCUCUUUCUCUUCAUCGGGCGCUGUAAAUCAGGUUGGACAUUCCUCCGGGCCCUGCACUGCCUCCUCCUCAGCCUCCUCUUUGUCACCCACCUCUCCUCAGACGACGCCGAACCACUUGUCCUCACCCCCCCACGCAGCUACUACCUCAGGGGUCCACACCAAAGACACCACCCUUUCAGGAGGCAGCAGCGCUGCAGCUGCCACGUUGCCAUCAGGUCCAGAGGCCACAGCCAGGCAUUCAGCAGGAAGUACCAGCACCACCGUUCCUGUGCACGGAUUGACUAAUCACGUCCAGACACAGGUGACAGACGGCUUCAGCAGCCUGUCGCAGCCUGGCUCUCCUGCUCCCGGCGUGCUCACUUCAGACAAUCCUCAGCUCUCAGCCUUGCUAAAGGGAAAAGCCAAUACUACCAGUAACGAUGAUGACAGUAACUUCAGUAACCACGGAGGGGCUUCCUCAGACAAACUCAAUAACGUCCACCCGGGUCUCCACGGUGCUGCCAAGCCACUAUCGGAGCACUCUGUGGCAUCCUCGCCACUUUCGGCCAUGUCUGCGGCCACCCCUUCCCCUCGGUCUGCAGACCCCCACGUCACCAACAGCAUGUCCUGCCUUAACAGCCCAUCCACUGCGACCAACCAGGGGCCGACCGUCAACGGAAAGGGGCCUGAGGACUCGCAGAGCCCACUGAAAGUGGAGCCUUCUGGGUCAACUCAUAAAAACACAACUCCUGUUGGCCUGGCACCCUGGUCAUCAGUGUCCAUCUACCCCAGCUCCAGUGAAGUGCUCAGAGUGUGCAGGAAUCUGGGCAGGAAUGGUCUGUCCUCGAGCAGUAUGCUCCUGGACAAGUGUCCCCCGCCAAGGCCACCUCCCCCGCCCUCCCCUCCACUCACAAAGGACAAACUCAAUCCUCCAACACCCAGUAUCUAUCUUGAAAACAAGAGGGACGCCUUCUUCCCGCCCCUCCAUCAGUUCUGCACAAAUCCUGCCAACCCUGCAACCGUCAUCAGAGGCCUGGCCGGCGCGCUCAAACUGGACCUGGGACUGUUCUCCACUAAGACGCUGGUGGAGGCAAAUCCAGACCACCAGGUUGAGGUGCGGACUCAGCUGGCCCAACCCACCGACGAGAACUGGGAUCCAAGCGGCAGCAGGAAGAUGUGGCGCUGUGAGAGCAGCCGCUCACACACCACCAUCAUGAAAUACGCCCAGUACCAGGCCUCGUCCUUCCAGGAGUCUCUGCGGGAGGAGAGCGAGAAGAAGAAGGAGAUGGAAGCAGAUGCUGGCGCCUCAGAGAGUGGAAUACGACGAAGAAAAGGGCCCUUCAAACAUAUAAAGUUUGGCACCAACAUUGACCUCUCCGAUGAGAAGAAGUGGAAGCAGCAGCUUCAGGAGCUGACAAAGCUGCCGGCCUUUGCCAGGGUGGUGUCUGCCGGAAACCUCCUCAGCCACGUGGGACACACCAUCCUGGGCAUGAACACCGUCCAGCUCUACAUGAAGGUGCCAGGGAGCAGGACACCAGGCCACCAGGAGAACAACAACUUCUGCUCAGUCAACGUCAACAUUGGUCCCGGGGACUGCGAGUGGUUCGCUGUUCCAGAGCCGUACUGGGGCGUCAUCAACGACUUCUGUGAGAAGAACAACAUCAACUUCUUGAUGGGUUCUUGGUGGCCCAACCUGGAGGACCUCUACGAGACCAAUGUGCCUGUUUACCGCUUUAUUCAGCGUCCUGGAGACUUGGUGUGGCUGAACACGGGCACAGUCCACUGGGUCCAGGCCAUUGGCUGGUGCAACAACAUUGCGUGGAACGUCGGACCCCUCACAGCUUAUCAGUACAAGCUGGCGGUGGAGCGUUAUGAGUGGAACAAACUGCAGAGUGUCAAAUCCAUCGUUCCCAUGAUCCACCUCUCCUGGAACAUGGCCAGAAACAUCAAAGUGUCCGACCACAAGCUCUUUGAGAUGAUCAAGUAUUGUUUGCUGCGGACUCUGAAGCUGUGUCAGACGCAGCGGGAGCUUCUGUUGGCUGCUGGGAAGGAGCUGGUUUGGCACGGGAGGACCCAGAACGAGCCAGCUCACUACUGCAGCAUCUGUGAGGUGGAGGUGUUUGACCUGCUGUUUGUCACCAGCGAGAGCAACAGCAAGAAAACGUACGUGGUGCACUGCCAGGACUGUGCCCGUAGGGGGAGUGCCAACCUGGACAGCUUUGUGGUGCUAGAGCAGUACAGGAUAGAGGACCUCAUGCAGGUGUACGACCAGUUCACCCUUGUGAGUCCUCUGCCUUCCUUGUCUUGAUGGUGACAUUCUGUCAUUCUGAGAACAAUUAGAACCACAGUGGACUUACAUUGGAACCUCUCCGGGAACCUUUUUCUUUUCUGAUAUUCAGGAAGUAAGUCGGCAGUCCUGCGCUCUGUAGCUAUCCCAUAAGGCAGCUGUGUGAAAGCUGUGUGUGUCUAUGCAACCUGCCCAGAGUGGUGUGCCUCCCCCUGGUGGAUUGGAGGGGGCGGCAGCAUCUCUUCUCCCCGAGACCGGACUGUUCUACUGCUGGACCAGCUGGACUUCUCUCGGAAACACAAAGUCCCACAUACAAAUGUCAUCAUAAUGUUUUUUUUUGUAUAUAUGAUGUUCCACCUGGUGGCAGUGCAACACAAAGACUACUGAGGUUUUGUUUGUUUUUCUCCCACCUCCUCCAUUUUUCUGUUUGUGAGUUGAUGCUUCUGUUUGCUCUUUCCUUCUGAAGAGUAUCGAGCAUAGCUGGUCUUCUGUAUGUUAGACACCUCCUUGGUCAGGAAAAGAAGAAAUUUGUUUUGUAAUGUGAAAAGAUGAGCGAGAUUCUUUACAUUUCCUUGAAUUUUAAAAAAAAAAAUUGCUGAAAUGUACGUUUUGGUUAAAUUUGUGUUUUACUGGAAUCAUGAUGAGAUGUUGGCUACUUUGAUUUGGGGAAGAAAUCAUUUAUAGAGAAACAGCGGCCAAGUCACAGAGGAAAAUGCGUUGCACAUGGACAAAUGAGUGGACUUUUAAUUUUUGUUUAUUUUGAUGUAAAUUUACACUAUUUAUAAAUGCAUAUUUAUUGCUUGAAAAUAUUGAUGGAAUGCUGUACUUUUCCCCUCCCAGAAUACCUGCCAUCAAAUUGACGGAGCCUUGUCAUUUUACGCUCGGCCCCUCGUACGUUUUCUAUAUAAAUAAUUUUGCUUAGUAAGCAUUGUACAGAGACCUUACUUCAGAAUGGUUUUAUUGUUUGAAGGAUGUUUUAUGCGUCAAUAAACAAACUGUCUUUAUUUACA